AUGACAGCUUUUGAUGAAGAGGAGGUAUUUGCAGCAAUCGAAUCAAUGUCUACAAACGAAGGUGUAAAGUCCAUUCUAGAGGGUGCUAUUGACUUAUAUCAAUUCUUAGAAGUUGAACCUUCAUGUGAUUUGAUUGAAAUAAGGAAACAAUAUAGAAGAAAAGCCCUUAAGUAUCAUCCUGAUAAGGUUGGUGGAGAUGUCAACAAAUUCAAUUUAUUAAGUAAAGUAUAUGAGAUACUAUCACUGGAAGGAUUAAGAGGUCAAUAUGAUUCCAUAAGGUUGAUACGGCUAAACAAAGAGAAGAAUAGAGAACAAUUGCUAGAGUUGACGAGACAAUUUCAACAAGAGUUGGAGAAAGCAGAAGCUAAUGCAACUGGUACAGAUCAAGAUUUCAUUCAGAAGAGACAAUACCAUAACAACCUCGAACUCCUAAAGGAAGAAGGAUCAAGGAGAAGGCGACAACAAGAAGAAGAAUUACUCAAACUGCAACAAAAUCGUGGGCAAGCAACUACUCAACGUGAACAAUCAUAUGUAUCAUAUAAAGAUCUUAAACCACCAUCAUCAUAUUUCAAAUUUCCAUCAUCGAACGAUCUAACUAGUUAUAACGCCAAAGUGAAAUGGAAAUUCAAACCAGAAUUAAAAGAAUUAAUAACUGAUGAUGUCAUAAAGGAAAUUAUGGAGAUAUUUGGUCCUAUAAAAUCAGUGGAAAUGUUAGAAUCAGAGAAUAACAAUAGAUAUAACUACGCUUUAAUAGAAUAUACUAAUGUUCAAGAUUAUCAAAAAGCUUUGGAUCAUGAUUACAAGAGUUCAGCUAGUUUAUGGGAUGGUACCAAUGCUAGGAAAUUAGCUAGUUUAUUAAGAGAAUGUACAUCUACAACUAGUGGAUCACACAAAAGGCAUAGAGAGGAAGAGACUGAUGAAUUAAGUUUGGAAGAAUUAGUAUCGAAAGUAAAACAUCAUAAGAAUCUUUCUAAACAAUUCAAAUUACCUAUCAAGACUCAUAUUGAAAAUGUUGAUACUAUAUUAUAUAGAUAUGUUUUAGGUCAUUUAGAUCAAUAA